AUGGGUUCCAGACGUCACAAAAAUAAGCAGGUUGAUCCACCAUCCUUUGAAGAGUUUCAAGCUAAAAAGGAAAGAAAACUUAAAAGACAGGAAGAGAGAGAAUUGCAAAAGCAAAAGAAGAAAAAUAGUCGUCCAGCUCAAGAUGAUCUAGAUAAAAGCAAUAAAAAAUCUGUUAAAAAACCUAAAAGAGAAGAAAAACCUGAAGAUAAGGAAGAUGAUUUACCAGAAGUCGAUUUAGAAGAAUUAUCUAAUGCUAAAAAAUCUUUAUUUGAUGAUGAUGAAAGUGUUGAAGAUGAGGCUGAUGAAUUUCAAGAUGAGGACUUACAAGCUGAAUUUGACUUAGAACAAGAGUAUGAAAAUGACGAAGACGAUGAUGUGCAUGUCAAACCAAUGUUCUCCGAUGAUGAAGAUCAUGACGAGGAUGAAUUGGAAGAACUAAAUGCAGCAAAUAUGGAAUAUCUUUCUAAAAAGUUGGAUGAGGAAGAAGCAGAAGAGGCAGAAGAGGCAGCGGCUGAAUUGUUAGAAGCUCAACAAAUUCAACCAAGAGCUGAUGUAUUACCAACCGAAGAAGAAGAAGCAGCCUUAGCUGGUCAACCUCCAGACUUAACAGCUAUAAGAACUCGUAUUAUUGAAAUUGUUAAAGUGUUAGAAGAUUUCAAACAUUUAGCAGCAGAAGGCAGAUCGAGGACUGAAUAUGUUGACAGAUUAUUGAAAGAUAUUUGCGAAUAUUUUGGUUAUACACCAAUGUUGGCUGAAAAAUUAUUCAAUCUUUUCUCUCCUUCUGAAGCCUUAGAAUUUUUUGAAGCUAAUGAAGUGGCUAGACCAAUUACUAUUAGAACCAAUACUUUGAAGACUAGAAGAAGAGAUUUAGCACAAGCUUUGGUUAAUAAAGGUGUUAAUUUACAACCUAUUGGUAAUUGGACUAAAGUUGGUUUACAAAUUUUUGAUUCCCAAGUCCCAAUUGGUGCUACACCUGAAUAUUUGGCAGGUCACUAUAUAUUACAAGCUGCUUCCUCCUUUCUUCCCGUCAUCGCAUUAGAUCCUCAAGAAAAUGAACGUAUUCUUGAUAUGGCAGCUGCACCAGGUGGUAAGACAACCUAUAUUUCUGCUUUAAUGAAAAACACUGGUUGUGUGUUUGCUAAUGAUGCAAACAAAAAUAGAACAAAAUCUUUGAUUGCUAAUAUUCAUCGUCUUGGUUGUACAAAUACUAUUGUUUGUAACUAUGACGCCCGUGAAUUUCCAAAAGUUAUUGGUGGAUUUGACAGAAUUUUGUUAGAUGCACCAUGUUCAGGUACUGGUGUUAUUGGUAAGGAUCAAUCUGUUAAGGUGUCACGUACUGAAAAAGAUUUCAUUCAAAUUCCACAUUUACAAAAACAAUUGCUUCUUUCUGCUAUUGAUUCUGUGGACUGUAAUUCAAAGAAAGGUGGUGUGAUUGUAUAUUCUACAUGUUCUGUUGCUGUGGAAGAAGAUGAAGCAGUUGUUGAUUAUGCAUUAAGAAAGAGACCCAAUGUCAAGUUAGUUGACACUGGUUUAGUCAUUGGUAAAGAAGGGUUCACUAAUUAUAGAGGUAAAAAAUUUCAUCCAAGUGUUAAAUUAACCAGAAGAUAUUAUCCACAUACAUAUAAUGUUGAUGGUUUCUUUGUUGCUAAAUUUCAAAAGAUUGGUCCAUCUCCACAUGACGAUAACCAAGCUUCUCCAAGAGAAAAAGAAAUGGCUGCUAGAUUAGAAGCUGCUGAGGAAGGUAUCAUUCAUUCUGAUUUUGCCAAGUUCGAUGAUGAAGAAGAUGCUAAAUACAUUGAUAAAUCUAAGAAAAUAAACUUAUUGAAAAAAGGUAAAAAUCCAAAUGCUAAGAAAUAG